GAGAGCGUUAGUUCGCAGCCCAGAGGCUACCGUGGCUGAGUGCGAGCGAAGGAAUGUGGUGUUGUGGAUUUCUCCAAAUUCUUUUGUUUUCUUUUGUGAUGUGCUGAGUGUUCAGUCAUGCCUUAAAGUGUUGGUGUGUAGUGGCUUGUGCUUGUGAUAUAUCUUGUGAUAUACUUGAGAAAUUCAACCUAUUUAACUGGAUUAAGUUCGCACUUUCUUCCCGUGAAUUCGGAUCAGCCGCGUAGGGACUAAUUCAACAAAACGAGAACUAUAUCACACGGAUAGCAGAGAACAUAAGAUGCAGUGUGUGGUGGGUGUCGCCGCGGAGCCAGUUCUCGGCGGCGGGGCCUCGAGCACCACCACCAGCCGGGUGGCAUGGCGGCCCCAAUGAGAUCGAGCUCGGUCCAGGAAGCGGGCCACCGACCGAGGGUGGCGGACUCCAGCAGCGGCAGAGCGACGGGAAGCCAGCCAGCUGCCAAGCCGGACACGAGCCAGACCGCCGGCCAAACUGCCCCACCCGCCCCCGGAAACUUCGAGUACGAUGACAACGAGUGGGAUAUAGGAAUAGGCGAUCUCAUCAUCGAUCUGGAUGCGGAUAUAGAGAAGACAACGGAAAAAACAGUAGAAUCAACACCUAUGGCGGCCAACGCGGCCGGUAUCCAAGCCACGAAGGCAGCGACGGCUAAGAUGGCGGUCGAGCAUUCGGCGACCGUAGAUAAAGGAUUGAAGAUGAAGAUAAAACGAACGAAACCCGGCACCAAGACGUCAGAGGCAAAGCACGAGAUUGUGAAGAGCAACGAACAAAACGGCGUUUCUGAUACCGGUGAUAACAUGAAGGGGGGCGGGAGCAGUAGUGGCCCCCAAGUGAAACAUUCUAGUGUUUCUUCGAAUAGUGGCGCCAGCGGGCAACAGACGGGUACGCCGAGUGCGAACAAUAUUUCCGGCGGCAACAGCAAACGGGGUUCGAGCGGACAUAGGCGCGACAAGGCGCGCGACAAGCAUACCAACAACGAGAAAACACCGUCGCAGAACUUGCCGAAAGUCGGUGGUGUGACUAGCCAAAAUCCAAGUGCGAUUUCCGAAAUGAACGGUAUGGUGCGGGUGGGCGCCCCUCAGCCGGGGCCCCCUAGACCUGUUUUUCCGGCCAGUACGGGGCCCGGGCCUCCGCAGUGCGCGAACACCGGACCCUCUCCGGGGCCCCCACCGAGCCCUGCCGCUGCGACUGCUCAAGGAUCGGCUGCCAAGCCGGAACAGGCGAAGGUGGCUUCCUCAACUCCGGUCAUCCAGAACCCGCCGUCGUCUUCUGCUGUAGGUGAAGAUAGAAACGAUGCUUCCUCGCCACCUGCCAAGAAGAUGAAGAGCGAAGUUAAGGUGGAAACUUCUGAUGUUUGUAUUGGAACCAGUAUUGGAACCAUCACAGAACCAGACUGUCUCGGUCCAUGUGAACCUGGUACGAGUGUCACUUUAGAGGGUAUUGUUUGGCACGAAACGGAAUCAGGAGUGCUGGUAGUGAAUGUUACUUGGAGAGGAAAAACAUAUGUAGGUACUCUACUCGAUUGUACCAGACAUGAUUGGGCCCCGCCAAGGUUUUGUGAUUCUCCUACUAGUGAUCUAGAUAACCGGACCCCAAAAGGCAGAGAAACUAGAUCAUCAGUAAAUAGUAAAUUACGAAACGGAGGCAUCAAGGGACGUAGAGGCGCCGCCAAUGGGUCAGGAUCAUCCACAGCACCUUCUUCACCCACACCCUUCGUAUCCCCAAGAGGAGAACCGUGCAACAAGCGAAAAAGUAGAACAGAAGACGAAACUCCAAAUCAAAAGGAAUCGAAAAAAUCCAAAGUUAUUAUUCCUCCCCCUGUUCCACCCCCAGUGAUAGUUCCUACUACCACCACAACAACAACCUGUUCAUCUCCCCCACCUUCCCCUAUAUUACUAGAAUGCCCUGAACCCAACUGUUCAAAAAAAUACAAACAUAUCAACGGUUUGAAAUAUCACCAAAGUCACGCUCACGGUUCGGCUGACGAUGAUGAUACGAAAGACGUUACUUCAAUGUCCGAAAACGAUGAAUCGAAUAUUGAAGCCCCUAGCCCUGUUACACCAGUGAAAUCCCCCGAGAAAAGUCAAGACAGCCCCAUACCCCCACAAAAACGAGACGAUGAAAUUGCCUACAUCUUCAAAUCGGGUAAUAUCCUGGAUGUACCAAGUCAACCUACAACACCAAGGAGUACUCCUCCGUCCCCAGCUAUUCCUCAGGGCUUAUCAGACUUAAAUACUGCAACCAAUGUUAGUUCACCAGUGGAGAAUAAGAAUAUUGUUAAGCCAGGUGUUCUUCGUUUCAAUAGUACAGAAGAGUUUCCUGUCGGAGUUUUUUCUUCCAAUAAAAAUCAGGUUGCUGGUACUCCAAGCCUUGUUUCUUCUGGACGUAAUGUUCCAGUACCAGUACUGGAGCAGCCCAUACCCCAAAACGAAUCUUCUAUACAGCCUCAAUCAUUCACUAAUCAGUUACAAACGCAAGUUUGUAGUAUACCCCCUACGCAGUUUGCCCCAACGCUGGCAAUUUCAACCCAAACAACUCCCUCUCAGAUGACUUCACAACUUUCACCUCAUCCGAAUCAGCCCCCUUCUCCAGCUUGUAAGAUUACAAAUUUCAAGGUCAAGCCCACUGCCGCACUUAUGCCUGAUGAUAAGAAAAAUUCACCUCAAAUAAACCAAAACAAACCUCAAAGCUUCAAAAAGAAAAAUAGAAAAUCUCCUGCUGGCAGUCCCCAUCCUCCUCAGUCUGAUCAACCCAUGUUUGGAAUGGAACAUAGUGGGAGAGAUGAAGUCCGAAGUCCUGCCUAUUCUGAUAUCUCUGAUGAUGGUGCCCCUGUGAUUGAUACAGAAGUUGGAGAUAAAAAUAAAAACCCUAGUAAAAAACCCGAUCCGGGUCAACCAAUUUCUCAUAUAUCUCAAUAUGGAAUGUACCCAUUUUAUGGGCAAUCCCAAUACUUGGUUCCAAAUGUUCAACCACAGCAAACUUCACAAGAUCAGAAUAAACCCAAAGAACCAGAAAAACAGAGUGAUAAAUCUACAUCAGAUAAAGAAAUCAAAAAAGAAAGUGGCGAUUAUCAGCCUAAACCUGCUGGAAAUACUGCACAACAUUUUUAUCCAUACGGAUAUAUGAGUGGGUAUCCAGGAUACCCUGUUGAACCAAAUUAUGGAAUUGUUCAAGAAGAGAAGAUGAAGGAAGAGAGGGUUAAAGAAUCUCCUAGUCCAAUUGAGCAACAAACAGUAAACAAACCCAUUCCUAAUCCUAUUCAAGUACCAAACCCUGGUAAAACAAAACAAGACUCUAAUUUAAAUAUUAAGGAUAAACACCAAAACGAAAAUCAUCAAAUAUUAAAAGAAAGUAUUGAAAUGAAGAAUCAAAUGAAUCCCUAUAUGUAUUCAAGGUCAUCACAACAACAGCCUCCAACAUCCCAUCAUAAUCAGAGAGAGGAAGAUGUGAGAAGGUUUUAUGUUUAUGAACAAAGACGGAAAGAAUCGCAACAGCACCAACAACAGCAAAACCAAGUACCGCAACAAUCUCAGGGUCAAACAAAUGUUGAUUCCCACAAGGGUAAUACAACUGGAAAAGGUGUUGUUCCACCGCCUAGUCCCAAUGUUAAGCAAUAUAAAGAUACAAAAAUAGAGGAUAAGGAUAAAAAAGAUAUAAAACAAGAAGGGGUUAAACCCACUAUGGAAACUCAGGGCCCUCCACCUCCUCCAACUUCUCAAUACGCUUAUAUACAUCAUAAUUAUAUGCAGUCACCUCAUUAUGGGGCUCUUCAUUUCGAUCCAAAUCAUUCCAUGUAUAGAGGUCUAAUGGUUCCGGGGCCAUAUAGUACCAAUCCUUAUCUUUUAAAUACCCAAAUACCUAGGUAUCAUGCUCCAGAAGACUUAUCAAGAGCUCAACCCCCACCCAAAACCUUAGAUAUGUUAGAGCAUCACGCGCAAUAUUUUUCACCACAUAAAAUACAUGAGCUACAAGAAAGAGCUAUUAAAUCUCCAACGCCCAAAACAUCAGCAGCCAGUUCUAGUCCUUCUGCGAAUGCUGGAGGUCCCACUAGUGGGCCUCCAUCACAAAUGAGCUCUUCAUCUCCCUUGACUCAACCAACAAAUGUACCUCCAACAGGAGGAAAACAAACACCUGGUGCCAACAAGGAAUCUAGGUCUCCACCUCCACAAAGACAUGUGCAUACUCAUCAUCACACUCACGUAGGCCUUAGUUAUCCCAUGUAUCCAGCCCCUUAUGGAGGUGCGUAGAGAUUCAUUAUUUUACAUGUUGAACAAAUUAUGGAAAGGGAAUUAUUCUGAUUUUGGUUGCUCAAUUGAAUUUGUACCCAGACUUGCAUAUUCAUUACAUUGCUGUUGUUUUAAUGAAUAUUUUUGAAUGGAGUAAUAUACUGUUCUUUGUUACCAAAUUUUUCAAUUCGGUCAUGGAGAAAAUAAGAAUCAAAUGUCAAGCCAGACAGGAGUUUAUAUAGAGAAUAUUGUGUUGAAUUUUUUCUUUCUGAAGUUUUUGAUUUGAGAAAGUUAAAAUUUGAAUUAUUUUUUCAGCUGCUGUGAUAGCAAGUCAACAAGCUGCAGCUGUUACAGUUAUCAACCCUUAUCCGACAAAGUGAAAUCAAUUUAAAUCAAACAAACCUUUGUAGUGUCGAGAAACAUUCCAUAGCUCUGACUGGUAAACUUUAGUAUGCACUGAAACAACAGUAACUCCAAUGUGUUGAAUCUUUAUGACAUUGUUUUCAUUUAUAUUGUGCCGUUUGACGGCAAAACUAUUUCCUGUAAAUGAUUUUAUUUAUGUAAAUAAUGUAAAGACAAAGAGGUCUUUUAUUUAUCAUUUAUAGAAAAUGUAGUAGACUGAUAUAAUAUUAACUGACCUGUUAGAGAGGUAUAUGUAUUUUUUAAUGUAUUUGGUCUUAUUUUAACUGAAUUUCUAUAAGUUUAAAUAUAUGUUCUAUUUUUACUAUUAUCUUUAACUUCAUUCCAGUUUUAUUGGAAUGAUGUUUGUACAAUUGAAAUAUUGUUUUUUUUACUGAAAUGCAUUUGUACAGCUUGUAAUAUUCUGUAAAUAUUAUCUUAAAAAUAAAAGCUGAUUUGCUUUGUAACUGUAAA